GCAAGGCGCAUGCACGUGGGCUUCUUGCGGACAGAGGAGGCGAGGCGAAGGAGGCAGGGUAAACUUUCCAAGGGACUACUUAAAAAGAAAUUGCUGAUGUCGUGUCUUUAAGACUGCCUUGGCAACCAUGGGUGAAUACAGUAGGUUUAUAGAUUGGGAUAAGAUGGAUGCUACCAUCCAGGCCGAAGAUGAGAAGGAACUGACCGGCACCGAAUUUCACACUGAAAUGCUGAAACAACUGGCUCGCCAAGGUCACUGGGCCAAGAGCCACUCUUUAAGAGCCAAAGUAUAUGACAAAUUGAUCAGCUCUAUCCCUUGCCGCACGGUGACCCCCGAUGCCCACGUCUACCAAGACAUUGUGGUGAAAAUUGUUGGCAAGAGAAACAGCAACACGCUUCCCCUUCCAGAAUUCGUAGAUAAUAGCUUGGUCCCCACAUACUGCCUGAACGCGGAAGGCAUUGGCGCCAUCAGGAAGAUUAUCUCUUGCAUUGGGAACCAGUUCCCAGACAUCUCAUUCUGCCCGGCUCUGCCUUCCGUGGUGGCCCUCCUCCUUCACUACAGCAGGGAUGAGGCCGAGUGCUUUGAGAAAGUUUGCCGCAUCCUGGCCUGCAACGACCCCUCUAAGCACUUCAUCGAUCAGACCUUCUUGGCUUUCGAGUCGUCUUGCAUGACAUUCGGGGACCUGGCUAAUAAGUACUGCCAGGCAGCUCAUAAACUUAUGGUGGCCAUCUCCAAAGACGUGCUGGAAGUCUACUCGGAUUGGCACCGGUGGCUCUUCGGGGAGCUGCCCCUCGUUUACCUCGCCCGCGUCUUCGAUGUGUUCCUGGUGGAAGGUUACAAGGUGCUCUACCGGGUUGCCUUGGCUCUCCUCAAAUUCUUCCACAAGUUCAGAGUUGGGCAGACCCAGGAGUCGGAAAACGUACAGCAGGACAUCCGAGCAUUCGUGAGGGACAUCGCGAAGUGGGUCUCUCCCGAGAGACUGCUGGAGAAAGCUUUCGCCAUCCGUCUCUUCUCGCGGAAAGAGAUUCAGCUUCUGCAAAUGGCCAACGAGAAGGCCCUGCAGCAGAAAGGCAUAACGGUGAAGCAGAAAAGCAGUACAUCUCCCAAAAGGCAGAAUGUCCACCUGGCUGUUCAUGCCGAGAACUUCAAGUCUGAAAUUGUCGAUGUGAAGAAGAUGAGAGACAUCUGGUCAUGGAUUCCCGAGCGCUUUGCCCUUUGCCAACCUCUACUGCUGUUUACCACCUCAGAGCAUGGCUGCAGCCUAAACAGGUUUUACUCACAUUGUGAAGGGCAUGAACCAACUCUCCUUUUGAUUAAAACAACUAUGCAAGAGGUCUGCGGGGCUUAUUUGUCAACCGAUUGGCAUGAUCGCAAACGAGGAGGAGGCAAGCUAAGUUUCUUUGGGACAGGAGAAUGUUUUGUAUUCAGGCUGGUGCCUGAAGUGGAACGGUACGAGUGGGUUAUAAUCAAACACCCAGAACUCGCCAUGACUGGCUCUGAACAAGAAAACAAUUCUUCGGCCGUUUCUGACUCCCCCUCCUCAACCGAUCUCCCCCUGGAUCCUUCCAGUCGCCUUUCCCCUUUCCUUUCAGCCCGGCACUUCAACCUGCCUUCCAAAGCAGCGUCCAUGUUUAUGGCCGGUAGCACUGAUUGCAUCAUCAUAGGUGGUGGCGAUGGCCAAGCCCUCUAUCUUGAUGGAGACUUGAAUCACGGAAGGACGGGUCAUUGCAAUACUUUCAACAAUCAACCGUUGUGCUCCGAAAAUUUCCAGAUAGCUAUCAUGGAAGUUUGGGGGUUCAAGGACACUAUGAGCAGCUGAGAAGUUUGCCUCCUUCAACAUUGACUAGCCCAUGAAGUAUUUCUCAAGUUUCCGUGCCCAUUUCCAGUUGCAGGAACCAAGCUAUCCUUGGAAGGCCCCCCAGAAUUAACCUUCUUUGUACUUCGUAAAAAGCUAAAUUGGGAGAUCUCGGCUAAAUCUGGGGCCUAGUUGUUUAGUCACCGUGUUUUUGUACGUAAUUCUGUGUAGUCUAAAUGAUUAGCCUCUUUCUGCUCUGUUGAGUUUGAUGCACACCCUGAUAUUUUUGGUGGGAAGGGAGAGAUCUUAACAUCCCCCCCUCAGUUGAUCCAUAACUCUGUCAACAUUGCCAUCCACUAGAGGCAUUCAGAUGUCAUUGGGUGUUUUUUUUUCCAGAUGUUGACAGAGAUGGACUAGCAGCUGAUUCAACCAACAAGUGUCAUUUCUUAUAACUGUGAGCUUCCCUCCAAAAAUCAAUGGAUUAUGUUGCUGAUUUCUUUCAGUUUUCCCUCAUUCUCACCCUCUGCGUAUUACAUCCAUCUUGGGAUUCCCUCACAGAGCUACAGUAGAUGAAGAGAUUUUAUUGCAUAGCACACAAGCACCUUCAGAUUCAACCUAUUAUUUUCAGGGACUUUCUUCCUUAAAUCUAUUUAACCCCUGCUUUGAGCCUGUUGUACCUGGCUGCUCUCCCGACUGCUAACUGCAUAAUUCCAAUAUGUGGGAAAAUACCUUUCAGGAAUCUUAAUUUUCAUUCUGCAGUGACACACUGAUCUGUAGAUGUUAAAGGGACCUCCAACCCUCCUCAUAUUUUUCUGUUUACAUUCCUGGCACCGCAUAUCAGUAAUAUACUUAUUUUAUUGUAACAGCUUCAGGCCACUGAAAUCCAAUGCAAUAUACAUUGUGCACAAAAAUAUCCUCAGCAACCAGAACUAUGACUUCAUCCUUUUCUAGACUAGCCCUCUGCAUUUGUGCUUAAGAGUAACAGUAUUUCCGAAGCAGUAUUAGCCAUCCAACCCGAAACAGUUGAUCGGUAUAUAAACCAACCAUUUCUCUAAUUUCUCCAUUAAUUAGGACUGGUUGAGUUCUCCAGGCCUGCAAUUUUUUUCAGUAACACGAUUGCCUCUUUUUUAUAUUCAUUUUGGUGCUGUGCAUCUUGGAUUUUCAAGAUAGGUGUACUGAAUACGUGUGAGUGCAGAUUUUACUUCUGAUGGUGGGGUUCUUUUUUUUUUUCCCCCUCCAGAGACAUUUGUGACUUUCUCGGCCCCAUACCUUUCCCCACUUCAUAAUUUAUAUCUCCUCUUUGUCCAGUUGUCCUGGCCUAAAUCUGUAUAAAGUGUGUGACUCCGUGUCUGUCCGGAAAUCCAGUUGAUUUUAUUGUAUACAAAUAAAGUGAA